GGAUCGCAGCUGAUCCGCUCAGUUCUGCAGCGGUACUCAGACGACUAAGAUCGGCGGACUAUAUAUAUAAAAGCGUCGCUAGAUAGUAACGGAGCAAGAUAGAGCAGGCACAUCCAUAGAGGGCCAGAAAGUAACGGGACCCGCGACAAGACAACACACUCGUGAAAGAGACACUCGCCAUUCAACACUCCGUCGAUAAGAUUAAACUAGGGCCCGAAAGAAUACUUAAUUAAAGCUAACGAAGAGCCAACAAUCAAGACAUAACCCGACCAGGUCUUAGCCUUAGAUAAUAGCCCAACUCGAGUGGCCAGUGAUUUGUGGCCAUUAUCGGUCGUCAGUUGAGAACCCCCGACGUACUUUAAUACAUAUGUGCAAAGAGUGAACGCGAAGCAACCAAGGAUGUACGUGGCCAACACCACCGGCGGCCUGAUGCUGCAAACCAUGUUGUACCUGGCCAAUCACACCAGCCGGGCGGCGGUGAACACCCUCGUCGAUCUGCCACCAGCCCCCAAAAGCGAUAUCAACGAGGUAAAGUGCUUCGGCGUCUACGGCUGCUUCCCCCUGAAUGGACCCUGGAACACGGUGACCCGAUCGAUCAACGUCCACCCGCAGAAGCCCUCGGAGAUCGAGCCUCACUUCACGCUGCACACGCGCCGGCAACUGGACCAGCCCAAAUACCUGGAUCUCAACGAUCCGGACAGCGUCCAGGGCAUGGGCAUCGAUCCGCGCGGCAAGAUCUUCCUGCUGGUCCACGGCUACCUGGAAUCGGGCGAGAUACCCUGGAUGUGGGACAUGGCCAAAGCCCUGCUCGCGUACGAGCCGGAGGGCAGUGCCUGUGCCGUGCUCAUCGAUUGGGGCGGCGGCGCCAGUCCUCCAUAUGUCCAGGCGGUGGCCAAUAUCCGGCUGGUGGGUGCCAUUACGGCGCAUGUGGUCCAUAUGCUGUACGAGGAGCUGCGACUGCCCAAUCUGGACAAUGUCCACAUCAUUGGCCACUCCCUUGGAGCCCAUCUAUCCGGCUAUGCGGGCUAUCAUCUGCAGCGCGACUUUGGCCUGAAGGCGGCCAGGAUAACGGGCCUGGACCCGGCUGCGCCGCUCUUCACCGACACCGAUCCCAUCGUGCGGCUGGACAAGACGGACGCCCACUUCGUGGACAUAGUGCACACCGAUGCCAAUCCGCUGAUGAAGGGCGGACUGGGCAUUAAUAUGCGGCUGGGACAUGUCGACUUCUUUCCCAACGGCGGCUUCGAUAAUCCCGGCUGCAACAAGAAGUUCCAGGACGUGGUCAAGAAAAAGACCCUCUUCCUGACCAUGCAGGAGUUCCUCGGCUGCAACCACAUCCGGAGCCAGCAGUAUUUCACGGAGAGCAUCGGCUCCAAGUGCCCGUUCCUGGGCAUCACCUGUGAUUCCUUUGAGAGCUUCAAGGACACCAAGUGCACCAGCUGCGAGGAGCCGGGCCACACCUGCCUGCGCAUGGGUUACCACAGCCAGGAGGACUACCAGGAGCAGGUGGAUCUCGGCCAGAUGCAACAGGGCGAUUCACCCGGCGUCUUUUUCCUGACCACCGGCGACCGGGCGCCCUUCUGCCGGCUGCACUACAGGAUCACGGUCCGUGUGUCGGGCCACGACGAGAGCACCCUACACGGCGGCGAGGUGGGCAUCCUCUCGGUCCAGCUGCACGGCAAGAAGAGCGGCAAUGCGAUCGGCAAGCGAACAGAUGCCUCGGCCACGGAACUGAUGCGAUUCUCGCCGAAGGCCAUGUACUUUGAGCCGGGCUACGAGUAUAAGGCUCUGGUGGCGGGACGAGACGUACGGGAGCCGGAGUACGCAAUCGUGAACUGGGAGUAUCCAACCAGCAUCCUGAAUCCCCUCACCUGGCGCAUCCUGUCCUCGCCAAGGAUCUACCUCGAGUACGUGCUGAUCGAGGCAAUGGAGUCCAGCGAACUCUACCUGAAGCUUUGUCCGCAGCACGAGGGCGCUAUUCUGGCAGGCGCCGAGAAUGUCCUGCGUUCCAAUUACUGCAGUGAUUAGAAUUCUUCUAGCUUUCGUAAUUUUUUUUUGUUAAUUUAAUUACACCUAAUUAUCCAAUUUGACUUCCGAGUUAGUAGUAGCUGCUUAAUCACAUGCUACUUUGCCGUGUAAGUAGCUAAUCCAUGAAUUUAAUUCGUUUUAUGUUAAGAUUUUGUAAAUUCCCGCUUAAAACAAGCAGAACAAGCUUGCUUGUGCCCCAUCUAUGGUACUAGCUUCUUGCUCCAUGAUGUGUUGUUUUUAUAGCGGCUUUAUAGCUGCGGCAGGAACAAUUUGUAUUUUAUUUAUAGUAUUGUUAUUAAUGCAUCCCCAACACAGCUAUUUAUAUUUGUUAUUUAAUUAUUUUUUUUACAGCAUCUAAAAUGUAUUU